AAAUCGAGCGCACUUUCAUUUUGGGCGAGUCUUUACGUAGCUGCGUCAUUCCUGUCUGUUCCUUCCCGGUGCGUACACGGCUUCUGCUCUCAACGCGCAGAAAUCAUGGCGUCCCUAUCAAUGGCACCGGUAAACAUCUUCAGACAAGGAGCAGAUGAGGAGAAAGCUGAGACUGCCCGACUGUCCUCCUUCAUUGGUGCCAUCGCCAUUGGAGAUCUGGUGAAGAGCACGCUGGGUCCUAAAGGAAUGGACAAGAUCCUCAUUGGGGGCGGCAGAGAGGGUUCUGUCACUGUAACCAAUGACGGGGCCACCAUCCUCAAGGCCAUAGGAGUGGACAACCCUGCAGCGAAAGUGCUGGUUGACAUGUCCAAGACCCAGGACGAUGAGGUUGGAGAUGGCACCACCUCUGUCACGGUGCUGGCCGCGGAGCUGCUCAGGGAAGCUGAGCUCCUCAUCGCCAAGAAGAUCCACCCCCAGAUCAUCAUCUCUGGUUGGAGGAAGGCCACACAGGUUGCCCGCGAGGCCCUGAAGGAAGCAGCCGUGGACCAUGGGAAUGACAAGGUAAAGUUCCAGGAGGACCUUCUGAACAUAGCACGCACCACCCUGUCCUCCAAGCUGCUCACCCACCACAAGGACCACUUUGCCAAGCUGGCUGUGGAGGCCGUGCUGAGGCUGAAGAGCUCGGGGAACCUGGAGGCCAUCCACGUAAUCAAGAAGCUGGGAGGCAGCCUCAUCGACUCGUACCUGGACGAAGGGUUUCUGCUGGACAAGAAGAUUGGUGUGAACCAGCCAAAAAGGCUCGAAAAUGUCAACAUUCUCAUCGCCAACACUGGCAUGGACACAGACAAGAUUAAGAUAUUUGGCUCCAGAGUGCGCGUGGAUUCCACAGCCAAGGUGGCGGAGAUCGAGAUGGCAGAGAAGGAGAAGAUGAAGGAGAAGGUGGAGCGUAUCCUGAAGCACGGCAUUAACUGCUUCAUUAACAGGCAGUUGAUCUACAACUACCCAGAGCAGCUCUUUGCGUCGGCAGGCGUCAUGGCCAUUGAGCACGCCGACUUUGCCGGCGUGGAGCGCCUGGCACUGGUCACGGGCGGGGAGAUCGCCUCCACCUUCGACCACCCCGAGCUGGUGAAGCUGGGCCACUGCCGGUUGAUCGAGGAGGUGAUGAUCGGCGAGGACACCCUGAUCCACUUCUCUGGAGUGGCCAUGGGUGAGGCAUGUACCGUGGUUCUACGCGGAGCCACCCAGCAGAUCCUGGAUGAGGCUGAGCGUUCCCUCCACGACGCCCUCUGUGUCCUGGCUCAGACUGUCAAGGAGACGCGCACUGUUUAUGGAGGAGGCUGCUCUGAGAUGCUGAUGGCCAAGGUGGUGACCGACCUGGCUCUCAGGACUCCGGGGAAGGAAGCGGUUGCCAUGGAGUCCUUCGCCAAAGCCCUGAGCAUGCUGCCCACCAUCAUCGCCGACAACGCCGGUUACGACAGUGCAGACGUUGUGGCCCAGCUUCGAGCCGCCCACCAGGAGGGCAAGACCACGUUCGGGCUGAACAUGGACCAGGGUACCAUCGGUGACAUGUCUUUGCUGGGGGUGACCGAGAGCUUCCAGGUGAAGAGGCAGGUGCUCCUGUCGGCCGCAGAGGCUGCGGAGAUGAUCCUGCGUGUGGACAACAUCAUCAAGGCAGCGCCCAGAAAACGCGUUCCGGACCACCAUCCCUGUUAAUCUCACCAGACUGCAGAAGGAGAGAUUAGAGCUGCAGUUAGG